AAUGUUGCCAUAGUAACUGCAAACAGGAGCGCUGCAUGCAGAGCGGAGAUGGAGCUGGGUGCAGUUAGAAGCAGAAGGACGAGAGAGCUUACAGGCCCUACUCCACACUCAGUAGCGAUUCGUGGACGUCCACCGCCAACUCUGCCUAAGGAGCAUCUGAUCUUGGAACGUAGGAAGCAAGAAGAACUUAGAGAGGAGGCCAAUGCAGUGGUGACUUACAACAAACAGUUUGAUCUCAAGACAAGUUGGGAACGUAGCACUGACAAAAAGAUAGAGAGAAACACUGUACAGAGAAGAGUAAAGGAGUUGCUGCAGCACAGGGACUACAGCCUCCAAGAACGGAGAGACAAGUAAGCUGACUCCAAAACGCAAGCUGAAGCUUGAAUAAAAUACCGUACAAGUGGUGUGUAUACAACAGUGGUAUUAUACAGGUUGAGAGAUCUUCUCCAGAGGGAAGAGAAGCAGUAUAUAACUGAAUUAGCAAGCAAGAAGGAGACAGUGUUGGAGAGACAGGCACGAAUGAGAGAGAGAGCAAAGCAGCUCAGGGACAAGAGAGAGGCUGAGAGAAUUGCUCUUGUUGAAAACAAGCUGGAACAGAGAUGGAGAGGUCAGUGUGAAGAGCUGCGUGCAGUUUUGACCAAAAGACACCAGGAUGAGGUGUGCCUGGACAGAGCUGCGCAGCUUCGAAUGAAACAAGAGGCAAAGCAGAGGGAGCAGGAAGAAGAACAAAUAUAUGCUCGACUGUGGGAGGAGGACCAGGCAGCAAAGUGCAAGAGGGAGGAGAUAGAGGCAGCUAUGCAGAUUGAGCGGAACCGAGAGAUGUUGAAAGUGUUGACAUUGCAGAUGGCUGCAGUAGAGAAACAGAAGGAAGAAAUGAGAGAACUCAAGGAAAAAGAAGCUCAACUCCUGCGAGAAGAGAAUGCAUUGAGAGCUAUGGAAGAACGAAGGGAAAAGGAGGAGAAACGCAGCAGACAAUCCGAGACUAAGUGUGACCUUGACUACUCUCUCAAGUUGAAGAUGAAAAAGAAGACAAGGGAGAUUCAGGAGGAGCUGGCUCUAGACAUGAAACUGUUAGAACAGAUGCUUCAUGAAACUUCCAAUGAAGCCAUGCUGCACCUUCAGAAAAAGAACACUCUGAAGGAAGAGAUACAGCUCUACCGUAGCUAUCUAGCAGAGGCAAAGAGGGAGGAGAGACAGCGUGAGCAGGAGCUUGACUCUCUUCUCACUGCAGAGGUUGAGAAACAGUGGGCCAAAAGAACGCAGCAGUGGCGCAAAGAAAGAGAAGCGAGAAGAAAACUCAUGGAUGAUGUUUUGAAAACGCGCAGACAACAAAUAAAGGAGAAAUUGGCUGUAUUGGAAGAAGAGAAAAAAGCAGCUGCAGUUGAGAGAGACACGCUUAUUGCUAACUACAAGCAGCAUUUGCAGAUUGAGAAAGAGCAACAGGAAAGCAGGAAGAAGGCUAACGCACAGUACCAAGCCAGUCUGAGGGACCAGAUGGCCUAUCAACAGAGGAGAGUUCAACAAGAGGCGGCUAAGAUGUUCAGAGAGCUGGAGAUGGCUGCAAGAGAAGAGGCACUCUACCAGGAGAGGUUGAAAGCAGCGCUAUCCAAUCCCAUGCUAGACAAGGCUCAUCCAAGGAAGCUCAUGGCUACUAAAAAAUAGAUAGCAUUGCAACUGUGCUAUAUAGCUGUAUUCAGUGUAAUACCAGUUGAGGCAAAGCUGAGUCUAAGCGCUCACCGGUCUUGCGCGCAUAGCGACACAUUACACAUAAUGCUAUGAGGUGGCGCCAGUCAUGUGGUCUGUGGCUUCACUU